CGCAACCCCUCCAUCUCCUUCAUCAGCAAGGACAAGGUGGUGAACAUCGGCGACCAGCUGGAGCUGAAGUGCCAGGUGCAGGACGCCGGCAACUACCCGGUGCAGUGGAGCAAGCUGGGCAGCCCCCAGGUGACCCUCUCCACCUCGCAGACCAUCGUCACGCCCAGCACCCGCCACCACAUUCGCUACGACGACCGCGACAGCACCUACACGCUGCUCAUCGACAAGGUCCAGGAGAUUGACGCCGGCACCUACCGCUGCGAGAUCAGCAUCGGCGCCAGCAACUACCACCUCAAGAGUAGUUUUACCGCCGACACCCCCGUCAUCGUUCGCAUUCAACCAGUGAUCUCCGACAACUCCACCCGCUCAGUGAUCACCACCGCCGGCUCCAGGGUCGACCUGCAGUGCUACGGAGCAGGCUAUCCCCAACCGAUAAUCAGCUGGCGUCGGGAGAAGCACCGCCUCCUUCCCAAUAACAUGGCCUUCUUCAAGGGAAAUACCUUGACGAUUGGAAACGUGAGCAAGGACGACCGCGGCACCUAUUACUGUGUGGCGGACAACGGCGUCGGCAGCGGCGCCCGCCGCCAUAUCGGCGUGGAGGUGGAGUUCGCCCCGUACGUGUGGAGCAUCCAACCGAAGGUGGAGCAGGCGAUGCA